AUGACUGAAUACAAGAUUGUUGUUGUUGGCGAUGCGGUGGCGUCGGCAAGUCAGCGCUCACCAUUCAACUCAUUCAACAGCAAGGAUUCAUAUCGCAAGCAGGUUGUCAUUGACGAAGAAACCUGUCUUCUGGACAUCCUGGACACGGCCGGUCAGGAAGAGUAUAGUGCUAUGCGCGAUCAGUACAUGCGAACUGGAGAGGGGUUUCUUUGCGUGUACUCCAUCGACAACAAGCGAUCCUUUGACGAGAUUGGCAAAUUCAGGGAACAGAUCCUGCGGGUCAAAGAUGCAGACUCGGUGCCCAUGAUUAUUUGCGGCAACAAGUGUGACCUGGAAGACAAACGCGAGGUGUCAACUGAGGAAGCCAAGGCAUUAGCAAAGCAGUACGGCGUUCCGUUCCUGGAAACCUCCGCCAAGCGCCGCAUCAAAGUGGACGAGGCCUUUUAUGAUCUGGUACGCGAGAUCCGCAAGGUCAAGCAGCCGGCCUUGGGCACGACAAGCGCCAAACCAGCCAAAAAGGGAUUUUGCACCAUCCUCUAA